AUGCAACCCCAGCUGAGCUCAAGAAUUGAUUUGGGUGAAUUGAAAGCACAGAUUGUAAAGAAGCUUGGAGCGGAUAAGUCAAAACGGUACUUUUAUUACUUGAACAGGUUUUUGAGUCAGAAGCUGAGCAAGACUGAGUUUGACAAGUUUUGUUUCCGAGUGCUUGGGAGGGAGAAUCUUCCAUUGCACAACCAUUUUAUAAAGUCAAUUUUGAAGAAUGCUUGCCAAGCAAAGACUCCACCACCAAUCCAUCCGCCAGGUCCCCUGAAGUUUGGAGAACAUGCUUCAGACAUAUCUCCUGGUAGAGAAGAUGGGCAUGAACAGAGUUUUGCCAGCUUCCACAAUCAGAAUCAGAAAGCUCCCGUUUGGUCAAAUGGGAUUUUGCCGGCAUCCCCUAAGGUUAGGCCUGGAAUGCGAGAGCGGAAGAUGAGAGAUAGACCAAGCCCUCUGGGACCAAAUGGGAAGGUUGAUUCUGUUUCUCAUCAAUCCAUGGGUGCGGAAGACUGUGGUAGUAAGGUUGAUAUGGAGAAUGGAAUUCUUACUCCAUGUGAUUAUCAGAGACCAAUACAACAUCUUCAAGCUGUUGCCGAGCUACCUGAGAAUGAAAGGGGAGAUGCUGUACGGCGACCUGUAGAAAAACCAAGAAUACAUGGGAAAGGGCCAGCUGAAAUGUCAAUUGUUGAAGAUGGGGAAGAGGUGGAUCAGUUAACCCGCAUGGGUUUCUCUAGAAGUCCCUUGAUGGCUCCACUUGGGAUUCCUUACUGCUCAGCAAGUGUAGGAGGAGCCCGCAAAACAUUGCCAGUGAGUAGUGCUGGUUAUUUUGAUAUUUGUUGUGACAGUGGUAGGUUAUCCGAUACAGAAACACUGAGGAGGCGCAUGGAACAGAUUGCUGCAGUACAAGGUCUUGGAGCUGUUUCUAUGGAAUGUGCAAACAUGCUGAAUCAUAUGUUGGAUGUGUACUUGAAACGGUUGAUCAGGUCUUGUGUUGAUUUAGUUGGAGCUAGGUCUACAAAUGAGAUGAGGAAGAUCCCUGCCCCCAAACAGCAGAUGCAGGGUAAGGUCAUCAACGGCAUGUGGCCAAAUAAUCAUUUACACGUGCAGUGUGCUGGUGGGUCAGCAGAAGCUGUGCCAGAACAUAGACCACCGUGCUUAGUUUCUUUGCAUGAUUUUAAAGUUGCCAUGGAACUAAAUCCACGGCAACUUGGAGAAGAUUGGCCACUGUGGUUGGAGAAAAUAUCCAUGCAAUCGUUUGAAGAAUAA